CGCCCAAUGACUCUUUCUCUACUAUUUCUUUUGCCCAUAUCAAUUUUUAAACUAAAAUGUCUUGAAAAUUUACACUCUUUUUAUGUGAUUUAAAAUAUUCUCAUUUAUUUUUACACUCUCCGUCCAAUCAACUGUGAUUCUAAUGAUAAGUGCAGUAUAUUUUUCAUGACCCUAUCAGUAUUAUUGUGAAUUCCAGCAAGAUGCUGCGUCUAUUGUUAUUCAGUUUACUAUCAGUGAGUAUCCUGAAUUGUCAAAGAGUACCUAUUAUCGUAGACAUAACACCCGAUCAAAUCAAAGAUAUCGGGGGUACAGUAGAACUUUCCUGCUCAGCUCUAUACUCGCAAGGUUACGGAGUACUUUGGAAAAAACUAGAACGCGAAGGAAGCCAAGAAUCCAUCCUUUUAUCUUCUGAUACCACACCAAUUAUACGUGAUUCGCGAUUCAGUCUCCGUUACGAUUCCGCCAGCACUACUUACACGUUACAAAUCAAAGAUAUCCAAGAUAGCGACGCUGGUGUAUACAAAUGCCAGAUAUUAAUCAGUCAAAAUCAUCAAGUCUCCAGAGAAGUACGCCUGCAAGUGUUCAGUCCACCUAUUUUCUAUGAUAAUUCAUCAUCCACCGUUGUAGUCAGUGAACGUAACGCGGUUCAUUUAGAAUGCUACGCUGGAGGUAUCCCCAAACCACAGAUAUCGUGGAAACGCGAAAACAACGCUAUUCUUCCAACAGGUGGUCCUGUAUAUAAAGGAAACGUAUUAAAAAUUAACAACAUUCGUAGAGAAGAUCGAGGCACGUAUUAUUGCACCGCUGACAAUAAAGUUGGUAAAAAUAUCAAAAGAAGUAUUGCCGUCGAAGUUGAAUUCGCACCUAUUGUACAUGCCACCAGGAACAUGGUGUGGCAAGCUUUAAAUUACGAUGCUGAUUUAGAAUGUCGUGUGGAAGCCUACCCGACACCUCAAAUCGCUUGGAUUAAAGAUGGUGUUCAGUUAGCUGCUAAUCAACAUUAUAAGACUUCUCAUUUUCCGUCCAUUGAUGAAUUUACUGAUACUAACUUAAGGGUUGUGACUGCUGAAAAAAGACAGUACGGUACUUAUGUUUGUAAAGCUGUUAAUAAAUUGGGAGAAGGGUCGGCGGUUAUAGAAUUUUACGAAUCGGAGAAUCCUGUUUGUCCGCCAGCUUGUGGGUCUGCUCGUAUUAAUACUAUUGGUAGUUUAAUUUUUGUAUUUUGUAUUUUAGUUCAACUUUCAUUGUUCAUAUCAUAGCAGUAAGGUAUUUUCACUGAAUCUCAAAUUCUCAAGUAUCACUAUAUGUACCUAUUUAUUUUAAAAUAGAACAACACGCCAUUUUUUAAUUUUUUAAGUAUUUUUGUAUUUUUAUGCAUUCAGUAAAGUUUUAUGUCAAUUUUUAA